AUGUCGAAGAUCUCCAAGGUCAACCAUGCGGCGGGCAUCUUCGCUGACAUCUCCGUCGAUGGCCCCAUUAUCGGUACCUUGGUCGCUAUCAUCGACCGAGCUAAGAAUCUACCCAACCGGAAAACCAUGGGCAAGCAAAAUCCAUAUGCCGCAGCACGACUGGGAAAGGAAGCAAAAAAGACACAAACAGACUUACGAGGAGGCCAAACUCCGCGAUGGGACUCGGAACUGCGAUUUACCGUACAUGAAUCCCCCGAUUACUUCAAGUUAAAGGUCUCCGUAUUCAAUGACGAUAAAAAGACCGACCUGAUCGGCGAGACCUGGGUUGAUUUACAAAGCUUGAUCAUUCCAGGUGGAAGCCAGAAUGAUCACUGGCACCCACUUCAAUAUCGUGGGAAAUAUGCAGGAGAUAUCAGAAUCGAAAUGACGUACUACGACACCAGACAACAAGACGAGGUCCUGAUUGGACGCCGACAAGAAGCCGCUGACCGGGUCCAAGGCAAAGUCCCUAGUCCUCCAACCAAUACAGGCUUAUCUGGUCCCCGACAAUUGAAAGAUGUCAAACGACGACCCUUGCCCAGUGGUCCUGCAGGGGCCCCACCAAGACCAGCUCCUCUGGAACAAAAUCACUCUGCGCCUACACUUCACCACCCGGCCCCGUCGAGACCUGCCAUUCUUGAACAUUCAAACACCCUACCUGGUGCUCCAGACACUGUCUCCUACGCACCGAGACAUUCGGAGCCUGCUUACGAUCCAUCCUCUUAUCGCGCACCUUCUCCUGUCCCGCCCCCCUCCCGGGGUGGGUAUGAUGGUGCUGAUAACUACACUCAGGAAUGGGACGCUCCAGUUGUUGCUCCUCUCCGCAGACAAAUCACGCAUGAACCGGCUUAUGCCUCCAAUGAAGUUAUUGAAACCCCAUAUGACCCGCGUUUACUACAGCAGCAGCAGGAACAAGAACAGCAACAACAACUGUUACAACGGCAACAGGAACAACUGCUGCAAAAACAACAACAGCAACAACGACUGCAGCAGCAACAACUAGAGCAGCAACAACUGGAGCAGCAAAAACUGGAGCAGCAAAAACUAGAGCAGCAAAAAUUGCAACAACAACAACUGCUGGAACAACAACUGCUGGAGCAACAACUGCUGGAGCAACAACAACUGCAACAACAACAACAACAAAUGCAGCAGCAGCAGCAACAGCAACUGCGGAAUCAUCCUGAGUAUGAUCAGCCACCUUCGAGAGACUAUCGCCUCGCCAGGCAAAACCAGUAUGGGGCAGAUCUCCAUGAGGAAGUGCCAUACAAUUCUGCCCGUCAAAGUCUCUACGCUCAAAUAGAGCAACCCCGAUACGAUCCAGAUCCUACGUCAUAUAGAGCAACGCAUCCACACGAGGUGCCGGCUUCAGACUUUAUGCCUUCCUCUUUAGGGCCAGUGGAUGACCCGAGGUACCAUCCACACAGAGUUCGACCUCUACAAAUCACCGCUCAUGGUCAUGAUUACCACCCAGAGUAUGCCGGAAUGCAACCACGAGUAGAGGACGAAGACGAUGACGGACCACCCCCUCCUCCACCAGCACACCGGUCACGAAGGCCGCACUCACAGCUGCCCACCCCGAAAACAUCGCCCCGCCCCUACUCAUAUUACACACCCCAAUCUACUCGAUCCUCAGUCCCCCAUCUGCCAUCAACCAUUUCUACCCCGUCCCACCGCGAUCGCUACCAGGAGUCUUCUUCAAUGGGGAACUCCCCAGCAAUGCCCGCUAGUCUCGUCGCAGGUUAUGAAGCGGAAGACUCAUCUGAGAGAGUAGCACUUGAGCGAUCAGUCCACAGACGCAGCACCCACUGGGAUGAUGAAAUGAUGAUUUCCCAGUCUCCUGCGCCAGUUCCUGUAUCAGCACCCGUCCACUACGAUGCUCCUGUCUACCCUCUGCGAACAUCGCCCCGACCUAUUGAACAAAGGCCCACUUCUAGCAGAGGUGGAUCUGUCAGUCCUGAUGUGCGGGCUGUGACCCGGAAGUCAGUCAGUCCACGGCCCUCUUCUUCAGAUGUCCGUGGUGGCUCUUCAAUCCCUUUCUCUCCCGACUCGUACAUCUCUCUAAACCCAAAUGCUUCUCAGAAUCCCGGCCGAGAUCCUUCACCGGCGUACGACUCGCCUGCGCAAGCUAGAGAUGCCGUGAUUCGUGGGAAGACUGAACCCCAUCGAGACUUGGAUCACCCAAUCAUCGGGGAUGAUGGUCGUGAGAUUGACCCCUCUGACCAUCUUCCCACCGAUACAUGGGCGCCUGAACCAGAAAGGAAGAACCGCAAGCCCGAGGUUAUCAUCCGCUUCAAACACUCGCCUCGGCCAACCUCUAGAGGCAACGACACUCCCUCGUCACGCAGCACAGGCCCGCCACGCGUUGGAUUUAGAACAGAGACUACCACGUAUCCGUCAGAUCGCCCAGUCCAGUACACACCCACCCAUGUGCACGUCAGUCCGGGGGCAAUGGUUCGAACCCCACCUCGGCCGGACUACGCGCGUGAGCGCUCUGAUAGCUAUGCACAAAGUCGGGCCUACAGCACGCCCACUUCGGUUGAGCGACCCCGCUCUUCUCGAGGCUCUGUCUCGCCAUCUCCGGGGUCUCGUUCGCCACUAUAUGACUACAACCCAGGUCCCCCGAUUCCAAACAAGGUGCCAAUCACCGGAGGAAGUCCAAGCUACCCCGUCAUGUCUGGCAAUACAAAUGCAAAUGGCCGCAUGGAUGCCCUGAGUCGAGAGCUGAGUACGAUUGACAUUGGAUCUACGGCGUGCAGCCCUGGCCGGGGGGCCGUUCGAAAGUACGUACCAAGACAACCAGCGUCGAUGGGCUACGCUAGGUAA